UAAAAAGGUUGGUGCUUGGCGUACCGAUGAGAGUCUAAUAAAUAACAUCUCAUAAUCUGAUUAGCAGUGAACACACUUCAUUUCUAAAUUUUUCAGGGAGACAAUGCGGUGUUUAUGGCUGCUGUUUUUGGCGCUGCCAAAUCUGAUUGUAGGUGAGGCGGAAAAACCUUCCACAAAGCCAAACAUUGUAUUUAUUUUGGCGGAUGAUCUGGGCUUCAACGAUGUGGGUUUUCAUGGUUCGGCUGAGAUUCCCACGCCAAACAUUGAUGCCUUGGCUUAUUCUGGGAUCAUCCUGAAUCGUUACUAUGUGGCGCCCAUUUGUACUCCCUCAAGAUCGGCACUUAUGACAGGGAAAUAUCCCAUACAUACGGGAAUGCAGCAUACAGUUCUUUAUGCCGCUGAGCCUCGAGGUUUGCCCCUGGAGGAGAAGAUACUACCCCAGUACUUAAAUGAUUUGGGUUACACCUCUCACAUAGCUGGCAAGUGGCAUCUGGGGCACUGGAAGCUGAAAUAUACUCCCCUUUAUCGGGGCUUUAGUAGCCAUGUGGGAUUCUGGUCGGGUCACCAGGACUAUAAUGAUCACACUGCCGUCGAGAACAAUCUUUGGGGGCUGGACAUGCGCAACGGCACCGACGUGGCUUACGACCUCCAUGGGCAGUACACCACGGAUGUGAUAACCGAUCACUCGGUCAAGGUGAUUGCCAACCAUAAUUCCACCCAAGGUCCUCUAUUCCUGUAUGUGGCCCAUGCAGCCUGCCACUCGAGUAAUCCGUAUAAUCCGCUGCCAGUGCCGGACAACGAUGUGAUGAAGAUGGGACAUAUUUCGCAUUAUAAACGUCGAAAAUUCGCGGCCAUGGUAGCCAAAAUGGACGACUCUGUGGGACAAAUAGUGGACCAGCUGCGCAAGUCCAACAUGCUGGAGAACUCCAUUAUUAUAUUCUCCUCGGAUAAUGGAGGUCCAGCCCAAGGCUUUAACCUGAACUUUGCCUCCAAUUACCCCCUGAAGGGCGUGAAGAACACCUUGUGGGAGGGAGGAGUAAGAGCUGCGGGUCUCAUUUGGUCGCCUCUUCUGAAAAAGAGCCAGCGGGUGUCCAACCAGACCAUGCACAUCGUCGACUGGCUGCCCACACUUCUGGAGGCAGCUGGUGGGCAACCGGCUUUGGCCAAUCUUAGCAAGGGAAUCGAUGGCCAGAGCAUUUGGCGGGCUCUGGUCCAGGACAAGGCCUCGCCGCGUCUGAACGUGCUCCAUAAUAUCGAUGACAUCUGGGGCAGUGCCGCGCUCAGCGUGGGCGAUUGGAAGCUGGUCAAGGGCACCAACUACCGCGGCAGCUGGGAUGGAUGGUACGGGCCGGCGGGAGAACGAGAUCCCCGUCUCUACGACUGGCAGAUGGUGCCCAAAAGCAGGGCAGGCAGGGCUCUGGAGGGCCUCAUGAUGCUUCCAAGUCGAGCGGAUCAGCAGAGAUUGCGGGCAGCUGCCACCGUCUCCUGUCGGGCCCAAUCCUCUCAAGGAGGCAGUUGCAAGGCUACCGCCUUCUCGGCUCCAUGCUUGUUCCACAUUCGCGACGAUCCCUGUGAGCAAUUCAACCUGGCAAAGCAAUAUCCCGAAGUUUUGCACGCAUUGAUGGUGGAGCUGCAGCGCUUCAAUUCCACAGCAGUGCCGCCUGCCAAUAAACCUGCUGAUCCUCGAGCCAAUCCCAGGUUCUGGAACUACACGUGGACAAACUUUGGGGACUAUCAAAGUAAUGAUAUUGACCCCGUUGUUGGGGAUCUGUGCUUGGCUUCGCAAAACAGCAAAGACUGUUUGAAAUAAAAAAAUUUUGUUGUAGUCUAAGUGCCUUUCUGGUUAACAAAUUCCAAGAUUAUGUAUGGCUUA